AGGAGGAAAUGUGGUAGGGAUUAACCAUGGCCAGUAGAGAGUAAAGAAAAGGAAGAAGGAAAGGAAGCUAGGAAAGGAGGAAAUGAAAGGGAGCAAGAAAAAGUGACAGGUUGUAGUGACAGGCUAGUUGUGACAGGCUAGUUUAGUCACAGGCUGCUGCGGGGCUGCAGCUGGAUACUAAGAUACCCACGUUUCUUUCAGUACAAACCGUCAUGCAACGUAGCAAACGUUGAAUCGAACUAAACGCACCCCACUUGUGUUUAUGGCAACAGCUGCUAAUCAGAGAAGGGAGACACGAUUGCCUUGCUUCCCGCUAUUUGUUUAUUUUAUAUAGCCCUCCCCGCUUCUCUUAUCCAAACACAUCUGGCCUCAAUUUUCGCUACUUCACUAACUAUAAAAUGUUCUAUUUUCGCAUACUAUUUAGAACGCAAUUAGAUAUGGCUAUUUGGUCAGUGACGAACAGAAGCAUAACGGUGUGCCGUACAUAGCUGUUUCUUUGGGAGUGUUUGUCGCUCAGCGGGUCGAGGUCUCAGGGUCUAACUGUGGGUGACUGAGUAUGAUCCAUCUCUUUUUCUCCUGGCUUGGACUCCAGGGACCGGGGCACAGCAGGACACCCUUAUGCCCUUCAUGGCGCACCUUGACCCGAAGAACAACGUCAACUUGAAAUGGGGGUUCAGUGAUGUCCAGGUCACUAUCACGUUCCAGCUGACGGUGAAAACCACUGGCUGGGUGGGAUUCGGGUUGAGCCCAAAUGGGGGCAUGGCUGGAGCAGAUAUAGUUAUUGGCGGGGUCGGUCGAGAUGGCAACUACUUCAAGGAUUAUCAUGCCACAGGGAACUCAUUUCCCCUGGUGGAUGAGAAACAGAGCUACACCCUGCUGUCCCUGACUGAGACAGAUGGUCAAACCACCAUGACCUUCUGGAGGUCCAUCCAGUCAUGUGACCAGGAAGACUUCCACAUCACUGUCAGUCAACUGUUUCAGACUCUUAACAAUCCAGUGAAGCUGAUCUAUGCCUACGGGAAAAUUGAUGGCAUCGGGUACCAUUCCAGAACAAGGGGGUCCAAGGAGGAGAACCUGCUCAAGUUCAUGCCCAGAUCCAGCCCGCGGGACAGCAACUAUCUGGACUUUGUUAUGGACAAUGUGGAGCCAGUGAUCAAGAACCUGGACCUGGUCCACCACAUGCUUCUCUACAGCUGCCCCUUUAUCUGUGAUCCAGAUCAACAAGCAGCAAUGCUACACGGGAGGACCAUGGGCAGACUGCUUCAAAGUGGUAGCUGUCUGGGCCGUGGGAGGACUGGUGAUGUUUACAUUUAA